AUGGAUUCCAAAAGUCCUCUACAUCAGGCAACGCAACAACAGCAAGCCGAAGCAUUGUCCUCCUCCUCCAAUAAUCCCCAAGGCACAUCCCCAGCUUCCGCCGCCACCGGUACCACCACAGAUAAUGUUCAAACAUUUCGGGAACUUUUGGAAGCCUCCACUAAAACCGCAAUGGCCAAACAACAACAUUCACCUCAGACAACUAGCAGGGGUUCAAGAUCCGGUUCUAUGAUUCACAGUCUAUCUGGAAGCCCGAAACGUUGUAAUUCCCCCACAAUGGAACCAAUGAAACAGCCGGCAGAAGGCGAACACAAACCAUCGCCCCGCUAUUCAUGUGAACCAACUGAACAAGCAACAACGGCGCAGCGUUCCAGUGGCCUGGCCGUGGAAGCAGCAUAUUCACCACACUCAGAACGUUCCUCCACCGGAUCGAAUUCCGCAAAUGGAUCUUCGCAGCAGCAACAGCAAUUUUGCUUACGUUGGAAUAACUAUCAAAGCAAUUUGACCAGUGUCUUUGAUCAACUGCUGCAAACGGAGGCAUUUGUCGAUGUCACCCUGGCUUGUGAUGGACGUUCCAUAAAGGCCCAUAAAAUGGUACUAUCCGCAUGUUCUCCCUAUUUCCAAACCCUGCUCUCGACCACACCUUGCCAACAUCCCAUUGUCAUAAUGCGUGAUGUUAAUUGGCCCGAACUCAAGGCCAUUGUGGAUUUUAUGUACAAGGGUGAGAUCAAUGUUAGUCAGGAUCAAAUAGGUCCCCUACUGAGGAUUGCUGAGAUGUUGAAGGUACGUGGCCUGGCCGAUGUGGGUCACAUAAGUACAGCCAGCGAACCCGCCCAACACAGUAGUACAAAGGCAGAUCAAGCAAGUAAUUCGGAUAAGGAACUCUACUCCCCACCUCAUCUAUCGCCGAAAAUACGCAAGAAAAGUCUUUCACCGUUCGGCAAAAGGCCGGCCAGUAGACGUUCGCCAGAACCAAAUGAACCUGCGGACAGUGAUAUGGAUUUGCUGGCGCCCUUGGAUGCCGAAAAAUCUCGUUCAAGAUUAGAGUCCUGGGAUUUGCCCACAACGUCUGGUAGAUCUGGUCUGGAAUUGCGACUCUCACCUCCGCUGAUAGCUCGUAAUGUACGAAAACGUAGAUGGCCCUCGGCGGAUACGGUAUUUAAUCCUCCCGAAAGUCCUUUGGGUAGUCUUAUAGCUGCUGAGAGGGCAGAACAAGAACGUAAUCGUGAAAGAGAACGUGAGCGAGAGCGUGAACGCCAGCGGGAAAGAAAUGUAACCCUAUUUACCCCACCCUUGCCGGUUAUAACAGGUUCUUCCAGUCUAGAAGCUUCGGGGCAUUUGGAUUUUCCCUCGCCUUCUCCAACACCCACACCUAGUCUUCUACCACCAUCUCGGACACAUUCAUCGCUAUUAGCUUCCUCAGCCUCACCGCAUUUACAAUUAUCGCAUCACCAUCAUGCGCAACAGCAGCAGCAUCAACAACAACAGCAGCAGGGUCAACAAUCUAGCCAACAACAGCAGCAGCAACAACAACAGCACUCAUCAGCUGGUAUUGGAGGUGGCCUACAAUCUCAUCGUUCUUCACCCGCCUCUUCAGUAACCUCAACACACCCGUCCAGUAUUUUAAGUAGACCUCUAACACCCUCACCGACCAGUGUUACUGGUCCGGGGAGUAGUCGUCUGGAAACGGAACGUUUCUCUACUCUGGGUUCCGCCCAGGCCGCCGCUGCAGCCAUGCUGGGAGAUUUAAGUGGGGCAAUGCGUUCAUCAGGUCCAUCAGAAGGACCACGACAUCAUGGCCCAUCGCUAGCCGAUGAUCUGGAAAUAAAACCGGGAAUAGCUGAAAUGAUCCGAGAAGAAGAAAGG